AUGGGCUUGCUGAUCAACUUCAACCUCUGCAUGACGACCCUUUUUGUCCUCUCCUUGCUGAUCGCCUUUCUUAGCCAAACCAGAACUGAAGCUGCUGCAACUCGCCUCAACACUGCCUGCCCAAACACAACCACUUUCACAGCCAACAGCACCUACCAAGCCAACCUCAAGCACCUCCUCGCUUACCUCUCCUCCAACGCCACCAGCAACCUGGAAUUCUACAACGCCUCAGCCGGAAACUCCGUUGACACGGUUUACGGCCUAUUCCUUUGCCGCGGCGACGUCCCAGCCGAAGCCUGCCGAGACUGUGUUUCCGUGGCAACCAAAGAGGUAGUCGGCCGCUGCCCCGAGGGGAAAAUGGCAGUGGCUUGGUACGAUGUGUGCAUGUUACGCUACUCUAACCGGUAUAUCUUCUCCACCAUGGUCCCCGACCCUACCGCUUACUCUUGGAGCACAGAGAAUGUUUUGGGUGCGAACCGGUUUGACGAGCUAGUGAUGGCGACAAUGAAUGAUUUGGCAACCGGCAUUUCAAAUGUUGGGUCUGGAGCUAAGAAGUUUGGGACGAAAGAAGCGAAAUUCACAAUGUCACAAACGUUGUACACCCUUGUGCAAUGCACGCCGGACCUGUCGGGAAAAGGUGAACUCUCAUUGCUGGCAAUUAUUGCCAUUAUUGCUGCGAUUUCUGUCUGUGCGAUGCUAUUCGUUAUGGGCUACUGCUUCCUCAGGAGAGCAAGAAAGAAGUACAAUGCCAUACAGGAAGGUGGUGCUGCUAAUGGUAUUACAAGUACUGUAGAGUCAUUGCAAUUUAAUUUUGCUACAAUUGAAGCUGCCACCAACAACUUCUCAAAUGAUAACAAGCUAGGUGAAGGUGGAUUUGGUGCGGUUUACAAGGGAAUACUUUCUGAUGGACAAGAAAUAGCUGUAAAGAGGUUAUCAAAAAGUUCUGGACAAGGAGUAGGAGAAUUUGAAAAUGAGGUUAUAGUGGUUGCAAAACUUGAACACAGAAAUCUUGUAAGGCUAUUGGGAUUUUGCUUAGAAAGAGAGGAAAAAAUACUUGUCUAUGAAUUUGUGCAGAACAAAAGUCUCGACUACUUUCUAUAUGGUUUGUCUCUUUAUUGGAAUAUAAUUUUCUUGUAUAUCAAUAAGAAAUCAGGUCAUUUUUCUUCCAACUCCAAGAAUAAAGACUUGCAAAAAGCUGUUCCCCUUGAGACAAUUAGUUUCCACCCAUGCAACCCACACGGAUCCUGCUUGUGUAAACAGGUUCUAAAUGUGGUUUAA